AUGGCCUCGCAUUUACUGCUUGUGUUUCUCUUGCUUGUGUCACAAGUGGCUGCCCUUGGGCUCACCAUUGAACCGACCCUAGCGGGCGACAAACGCAAGUACUCGGGUCUUCAAAACCUCCACAACUGCAUCAGUUACCCCACGGUACGAGACGAUAUCAUCAUGGUACGCAUCAAUAGUGGCGAUCGCAUAGCUUCACAAAAGCUCAACCUUAACAUAUUUGACUCAGAAAACAACAAGAUCAGAUUCAAGAAGGAUAUCUCACAGGAGAUCAACUUGAUCUUUACGAACUUGAACAGUCCGUCAGUGGUAAAUACCGAGGUCAAGCAGGGAUCCAGCAAACGGUCCAAUAUUUUCAAUCGACUCCAUCAUCUUGUUGCGCAAGGUUCCACCUCUGAAAAUGAUAACACCAACAUUGAUAAAGGUGUGGAUGCAGCAAACGCGAACGCGGACUCCCCCGCCACUGACCCAGCAGAUCAACACAUAUACAACAACAAGGGCAAGUCUCUAAUUUACAUCUGCUUUGACAACAUCUACACUGACCGUUCAUGGUCUUUCCAUGCUCAGUCGCGAGACAUUGAGCUUUUCACCGAAAUUAAAACCUUCAGUUCUAUCAAAGAAACAAAUUAUAAUAACUAUGCACAUUAUUUCAAUAAGGUAAGCAAGAAGGGAGGUUCCAACCAGGAAGGGUCAAACCAAGAAGGGUCCAACCAGGAAGGGUCCGAGGACUCAUCCGACAAUUCAAAUGGACCCACGGGUGCGAGAGUCCCACAAGAAUUUACUCAAGAAGACUUUGAAGCCCAAAUCUCCACUCUUGAACAUGAAUUACAAGAAGUAUCGAACGCCUUGACGGCGUCAAGUAACGUCCUUCUGCAAUUAUUGGAGCACGAGUCGCAUCUCAGAGAUACCAACGAAGAAAUAUUUGCUGGAUACACUAAGUUUUCAAUCAUGAUGCUUGUAUCUAUCCCAAUUUGCGCGUUGUUCCAGCUCUUAUACCUGAGGUACUACUUGAAGAAACGGAAGGUUUUAUAA